UUGAGCUGAGAGUUAUUUUUGUAAACUCUGACAACAACUGGUUAUGAUUUGUUAUGAUCUACAAUAUGUUGCAUGAUCUUUUGCUUUGAAAAGAGUUUUUUCAUCAACUUCUUUUUUGCAUUUUCUUUAUCUUGAUAUUUUAACCAAUAUGCCUUUACAGAAUGCUUCAAUCACAGUUACAGAAUUUAUUAUAGGUGGUUUUGACACAACCAAAAGGCCUAUGGUAGUUGGUGUGGUUAUAUUGAUUACCUAUGUUCUAGCUGUUCUAGCCAAUAUAGUAAAUAUCCUCUUCAUUAUUUAUGACAAGAGAUUACACAAACCAAUGUAUCUUCUGAUUUGCAACCUUGCUGUUGUUGAUAUACUCUACACCUCCAGUGCCAGUCCAACAAUGAUCGGGGUUCUACUUGCUGGUGUUAAUACUAUAGCCUAUGUGCCGUGCUUAAUUCAAAUGUUUGUUUUCCACUUGGGAGGGGUGAUGGAGAUGUUUGCUUUAACGGUUAUGGCAUUUGAUCGAUUGAUUGCUAUUAGCUAUCCUUUUCAGUACCACAGUUAUUUAACAAAUGUGCGCACUCUUGUCCUUACAUAUAUCCUGUGGAUUGUUGCCUGUGGUUUUGUGGCUGUAACGCCUGCAACUGUGCUUCCUCUCUCUCACUGCUAUUGGAAGCUGAUGUACGCUUUCUGUGACUAUGCUGCCGUAAUACGAACUACUUGUGUUGACCCUAAUUACUAUUUCAAUCUGAUAACCGUCAUAACAUUCUUUCUUUUAUUUUUCACUUUCACUUUUAUUUGCCUGUCAUACAUAUGUAUAAUAUUUUUUGUGAAAUUAUCCUCAAAUGAUGACAAAAGAAAAAUGGGCAGCACUUGUUUGAGUCACUUGAUCGUGGUAACGUGUUACUAUUGUCCAUUAUUCAUCCGCAUUGUCUUGACCAGGUUAGGUGUGGUAUUAACUCUUGAGGAAUGGCAUGGAUUAAUGAUCGGAGCCAUCCUUGGUCCAUCUCUUGUAAAUCCUUUUGUGUACUGUCUUAGGACAAAAGAAAUGAAAUAUAAGAUCUUUAAGAUAUUCAAACAAGUUUAGACAUUUCAGUAGAUUCUUGUGAACUGUGAAUUAACUUUAUGGAAAACGUUGCACCCUUUGCUGGUGUAAGUAUUAUACUAAAAUGAUUGAAUAUAUUUAUCCAUGCAUUUUCUACACUGUUUAUCCUGUUCAGGGUUGUAAGGGGCAGGAGCCUACUCCAGAAAACAUUGGGUGAGAUGCAGCAAACACCCUGGGCAGGUCAGCAAUCUAUAGAAAAACACAUUCACAUUCGCAUUCACACGUACAGUACCAGCAAUUUAGAG